AUAAAUAAAGCCAAUUUAUAGGAUUGGUAUCAAACAACAAAAUGUCUUUCAAAGCGAUCGUAUUCUUUGCUCUCCUCGCGGUGACUCAAGCCGAGAAACCUUAUCUCGGCCUUCGAGUGCCGUCUCUGUCAUCUUCGCCCCAAGUAGUUGGAGGUAAAGAGGCACCGGAAGGAGCUUACCCAUACAUAGUUUCUCUACAACGGGGUAUAUUUGGACUUACUUCGCACUUUUGCGCCGGAUCAAUCAUAAACAGCGAAUGGAUCCUAACUGCAGGACACUGCGUAAACGCAGUUUCUCGACUUGUCAAAAUUACCGUCAAAGCUGGAAAGCACAAUCUUAAAGCUCGCGAAAGCACUGAACAAAUAAUCAAAGCGGCCAAAACCAUCGUGCAUGAACAAUAUAAGGGCGGCGUCGGCCCGUAUGAUAUCGCUUUGAUCAAGCUGAAGUCUCCAUUGUCAUUUACGGCAGCGGUACAAGCCAUCAAAUUGCCUGAAGCAGAAAGCGAACCAUCUGGAAAUGCAACGCUGUGUGGCUGGGGCUCAACUUCAACGAGCCGUUUGCCAAAGAUGCCGAAUAAACUUCAAUACGUUAAUUUGGAAUAUGUUGAUCUUUCCGUCUGCAGCGAAGCAGUCAGCCGUCUGGCGGGAUCCUCACCCGUUCACGAGACCAAUGUUUGCACAGGACCAUUGACUGGCGGAAUCUCCGCAUGCAGCGGUGAUUCUGGCGGGCCAUUGACGAGCUGUGUCGACGGAGAAGAUCAACUCACUGGUAUCGUAUCUUGGGGCAUUAUACCAUGCGGCACCGUUGGAGCGCCAUCCGUGUACACUAAAGUGUCCGCAUUCAAAUCGUGGAUUGAUGAGAAAAUUGCUAAUAAUUAAUAAUGGUUAUAUUGUAUGAAAGCUACUGAAAAUACAAAUUAUUGUAUACAAAUAUCUUACAUUUGCAAAUUAUCUUUAAAAAAAGACAACUAAAGAUUAUGAAUUUUGUAACAAUAUUUGAAAUAAAAGCGUUGCAUGUGGCUUAU